CCCCCGCGCGUCCCCGCUGGCUGAUUCCAAGAUGGCGGACCUGCUGGGCUCGAUACUCAGCUCCAUGGAGCGGCCGCCGCAGGUCGGAGACCAGGAGUCCCGGCGCAAGGCCCGCGAGCAAGCUGCUCGGCUCAAGAAGAUGCAAGAACAUGAGAAGAGGCAGAAAGUGGAGUUUCGAAAACGCAUGGAGAAAGAGAUCUCUGAUUUUAUCCAGGACAGCACCCAGACGAAGCGAAAGUUUAAUCCUAUGAGCAAGAUUGAGCGCAGCAUUCUGCAUGACGUGGUGGAGGUUGCUGGCCUAACAUCCUUCUCAUUCGGAGAUGAUGAAGAAAGCCGCUAUGUUAUGAUUUUUAAAAAGGAAUUUGCACCGUCCGAUGAAGAGCUGGAUGCAUAUCGCAAGGGUGAGGAGUGGGACCCUAUCAAAGCAGAGGAGAAGAAAAGAUUGAAGGAGCAGGCACAGAAAGAGGCUGAAGAAGAUGCAAUGAGGGCCCCGUCCAGCAUUAACCCCACCACAGAUUACAAAGAUAAAUAUAGCCACCUGAUUGGAAAGAUUGCUGCUAAGGAUGCAGCACACACGUUACAGGCUAACAAGGCAUAUGGCUGCGUUCCCGUAGCCAAUAAGCGGGAUACACGCUCCAUUGAGGAGGCCAUGAAUGAGAUCCGUGCCAAAAAACGCUUGAAAGCAGAGGAUGGGGAUACAGCUUUAGGAAAUUCCUAAAUAUUAACCAGACACUUCAGCCAAACCCUAAAGGUCCCACUAAUACCCGAGGAUAAAGCCACCAUUUUCAUUUGUGGUGGUCAUAUGUUUUUAAAUUAUGACACUUGUUUUUUUUUUUUUUUUUUAUUGACUUGGUUUAACACCAUGUCCACUGGAGGUCAGCUUUCUGUAAGACCAAUGGAAAGAUUGUGCCACUGUCCUUGCAUUGGUAUGGGGUCAGGUGGACAAGAAAUGAUCAUCACCUCUGGUCUGUCCAGAAAUGUCCUUUGGUAGUGAGCUGGUGGCAUUGCUUUUAAAGUUCUGUUUUACAUCGUAGCGCUCCUCCUGAGACAGACAUGAACUACUAUGGAUGAGUGCAGGGUUCCGCUUGGCAUUCGUCUAGUUUCCUAAACUUUCAGAUUUUUGUGAAAGUGUUUAUGCGUUACAAUUUUUAUUUCUGUCCCAUUUAUGUGGAUAAUGUGAAGAGAAAUCCAUGAUGAGAAGUUGCAAUUGGAAGGCCUGUCGAUGAUUGGGGAGCGCAUGGCAUUUCAAAAUUUUAUCACAUAUCUAAUGUUUAAAUGUUUUUGUUUUUAUGGCAGUAUCUACUCCUUUUUGGCAAAGUUUGAAUAAUCCCCUUUGCCAUUCCUUUCAUGUGAUUGUUUGACUCGUGGAUGGAGUGCAUCUUUCCUGAGCCAUUCUUCUCUGCCUAAUCCAUCACUAGUUUGGACACCAGGUAUCUGAGAUACAAUGCCAUCACUCUUGAUCCAAAUAGUCUUUUACAUAGUUCUACAGUCCUGUGCUAUGUUCCAGCUCAGUCCUCAAGGCACAAAUGGGGUAAUUUCACUAAAGUGAGAAUUUACAUUUUAGGCCAAGGUAGCCAAAAUGGCUGACUUUGUUUUGGGUUUGUUUUGUUUAUAUGUAGUUUGGCUAUUUUGGCCUUAAAUUUGGAAUUCUUUCUUUAGUGAAUAACUGAAAAUGUUGGUGUGCCUGUAUAGCUGGUGGCGGAGAGUAUGAUUAGCCUGAUAUGUUGCAGGUCCACGAGUCCCUCAAAUUGUAAUAGUCCGGCCCUCUUUAAACUUCUUGAGUCACUCGAACCUACUUCGCUUUCGAGUCCGGUCUACCUGCUGUAAGUGAAAUAAUGCCACCCUUUCCAGAUUCAUUGGGGGUUUAAGGGUUAAUCAUUUUUUUUAAUUGAGAAUAGUAUUGUAUAGAAAGCAACAUUUAUGUGGGGUGGUGAGGUGGGGCGAGUUUGUUUUCUAUGUAUUUUAAUGUUUUUUUGUUUUUUUUUUCCCCUCCCCGGUCUUUCAUACAUUGUCCAUUUGGUUUAUUUUAGUCUUCAUAAUCUUCCUUUUAAUUGAAACGAACAAUAUUCAAUUGUGAAAUA